CAGUUUUCACAUUUCAGGAAAAGCAUCAGCAUCUUCAAUGCUUUGACAACGGGGGUUGAAGAUAUUUCCACAACCGCGUUUGGACUGACACAUUUGGCUUUCAAAACACAAUUUGUCGCAGUUUGGAUUCGUAAGACAGUUCGGACAAAUGAAGUGACAAACAGGAUAUGAUGUCAUCGUUCCAGGUGGUGGGCUCUUUGCCCAGCAGUGUCAUCGGCGUCAUGGAAACAUCAAACUUUGCCCAUGUCAUCUUCCAAAACGUUGGGAAGAGCUUCCUGCCCCAGGAGGCACUGGAGUGUUGCUACACCCUCACCUCGUACAUCACCCCCAACCCCAAAGACUGGGUGGGAAUAUUUAAGGUGGGUUGGAACACAGCGAGGGAUUACUACACUUUCCUGUGGUCUCCCAUGCCGCAAGACUACCAACCUGGAAGCACCGUACACAGGGCUGUGGUGUUCCAAGGGUACUAUGUUCCCAAGAGUGACGGGGAGUUUUAUCAGUUCUGUUACGUCACACACACGGGUGACAUCAGAGGCGCCAGCACACCUUUCCUGUUCCGCCCGGCCACGCCCACCGAGGACUGUCUUACCGUUACCGAGGAUGACAGCAACUCAGACAUUCUGGUGGUGACUACCAAGAGCAGUGUGCUGGAGCAGCGUGUAGAGGAGGCUCAGCAGGAGCGCAGGGAGCUGUUGAAGACCAUGCACCACCUGCAAGAGGAGAAGCAGCAGCUGCAGGAGGAGCACAGGAGGCUGCACAGAGAGAGAGAGCAGGAGAGGGAGACCUGCAGCCUGCUACGCACACACAACCAGGAGCUGCUACGCUCCUCUCAGGGCCUGUCAGAGGAGAGGGAGGAGGUGAGGAGGAGACUGCAGGAGGCCACAGACCGGGUCAGACAGCUGGAGGAGGACCUACUGGGAGUCACACAGAGAGGACUGCAGAAAGAGACCGAACUGGACUGUCUGAGAGACAGGUUAAAGAAGCUGACAGCAGAUAGAGACACUCUGGAGACCCAACUGAAGAAUGAGAAGGACGAGAGGGACCUUUACAAGGUCCACCUGCGUAGCACGGAGCUAGAGAACACUAAGCUGAGUGCAGAGCUGCAGAUGCUGAAGGCUGUGGAGCUCAACAGAGAAGUGACCAUCGCUCAAUUCCAGGAAGAACUGGACAGGCUCCGAGCCUGCGUCACUCAGAAAGAUCGCCUGGAGAAAGAGCUGCACACACACGCUGUCGACAAGGCUGAGAUGGGUCGUCUGAGGGAGAAGCUUCGCCAGGCCGAGGAGCAGCUCCAGGCAUCUCGCCAGCAGGCCGCCAUGUUGGUGUCAGAGCUCCGCGACUCAGCGAGUGCCCGCGACCGCACCAUGACCGAGCUGUACCGCGCCCGCCUGGAGGUCGACGCCCUCCGCGCCAGCUUGGCCGAUGCCCAGGCAGAGUGCCGGCGAAUGGAGACGCAGCUGGACCGCAUGAGGACCACCUCCCAACAGGAAGUGGGUGUGGGGACCUCCAGUGAGGGGGGGUGUGUGGUGUCUGAGGCGGAGGCUGAGCUACAGAGAGAAGUGGAGGAGCUGAAGCUGCGUCUCCACAUGGCCGCUGAGCACUACAAGGAGAAGUACAGGGAGUGUCAGCGACUCCGCAGGCAGGUGGCCAAGCUCAGCGAGGCCCAGGGGGAGUCAAAGAGAAACGCUGCUACUGAGACGACACAGGAGCCACUGACACCCAGUCCAGAGUCACCUACAGCAGGCAAUCUGGCUGCAGCUGUGCUGAGAGGAGACACUGAGAGGCCUGCUGUCCCUAACCGCAGUUACAAAGACAGGGAACACACAUACACCAAUACAUUCUCAGGCAUGGAAACCAUGAGAGUAGGGGGGAAGGAGUGGAAGGGGAGAAAUGGGGACGAGAGGGAAGUGAGUGGAGGAGAGGAAGGGAAAGAAGAGGGGGGUGUGGAAGAGGAGAGGAAGGGGAGAAAUGGGGACGAGAGGGAAGUGAGUGGAGGAGAGGAAGGGAAAGAAGAGGGGAGUGUGGAAGAGGAGAGGAAGAAGGACAGGAGUGUAGGAGGUGAGUUCAUGAGCAUGAAGAUGGAGAGUUGGGUGGAGGUGGAGAAUGAGAGGAGGAGUGCUGAAGAGGUGGAUGAGAGGAGGAGUGUGGAGGAGGUAGAGAAAGAGCAGACUCGUUCGGUGGAGGAGGAGCUGGCGAGGAUGGAGGAGAAGUGGGCGGAGCAGUGUGCUAUCAACGAAACGCUCAAACAGAGACUGGCCAAUGAGGAGGAGCGAUUCAGGAUCCAGAUGGCAGAGAGGGCCAUAGAGGUGACAGAGCUGAAGGAGAGUCUGGCUCAGGCCCUCAGAGAGAAGGACCAACUCAAGGAGGAGCUGCAUCAGUGUCAGGACCGACAGAGGGAGCAGGAGGCCGAGGGUCAGGGGUCAGAGGUCAAACAGCCUGUGUUGCUACGCUACCCCCUGCCCUACCCCCAGGACCCCUCCCCACCCCCCCUGGUACCCCAGAGACCUGCAGAAUUGCAGUACGGGAACCCCUACUCCACCGACAACACUCGAGACGGGGCAGACGGUGCCCUGUCCCCUGAGCAGAUGCCCCGCCCCCCUCCCGAGGCCCCUGGUGCAUGCGCCCCUCCGGCCACCCCCCCGACCCCUGGUGCAGGCUGGGAGAGAGAGGUGGUCUGCAUCCAGCCCUCUUCGCGAAGCAUGAGCCCCCCCGACGGACUGGAGCACCCCCCCGAGGAGCCACGCAACGUCGGUGAUGGGGAGCAGCCUGCCUGCAAUCAUCAGUCCAGCAGCAGACGCAACGACAACAGGAGCAGCUUCUGUUUUGACCCCAGUAAUGAAGUCCACAAGCGCUGUCCGUUGUGCGAGGUGAUCUUCCCGCCCCACUUUGAGCAGCGUAGCUUUGAGCAGCACGUGGAGAGCCACUGGAAGGUGUGUCCCGUGUGCUCUGAGCAGUUCCCCCUCGACUGCCAUCAGCAGCUCUUCCAGAAGCACGUGCUCACACACUUUGAUGGCCAUGUGCUAAACUUCGACAACAUGGAGUAGCGGGGAGGUUGGGGUGUGUGUAAAAGGGAAGGUUGGAUUAAAUUAGAAUAAUUCUAGGAACAUGUGCUCAAAUUGGGGUUUGGGAUGAUUUCAUUUCAACUCUAACUAGGAGGGGAGAUUACAAAUCAUCACAUCAACAAUUGAAAAAUAAUCUGGGGGAAAUUACUCUUUUUAAUGUUCUGAAUUUAAAUGGAAUUAACUUCAAUCCUGGCCUCACUUAACCUUUCAGUUAAGUAAAGGUUAAAUAAAUAAAUGCUACCUUUCAAAAACAUCAAGGAGUGUGUAAGGGGGAGUUUGUCAGUUCCGGUAUAGGGAAAUCAUUUAAAAAAAUACUUUGCGUGAGAAGUUCGGAUCACUUUGGUUUUGUCCCAUGUUGAUGUCAUUUUUCUGCUUCGGGGUUGUAGUGUCAUCACUGCAUGUGUUUAGUAUCCGUAGGAUUCAUCACUCCGUAGCCACACCUAGAAACAGGUGACAUCCAGGGAUGGGGAGUAGGUUGACGUUGCCUCUACAUUGAUCUAAGGUCAGUUUUGGGUUUUACCUAAUGGUUAAGGUUGGGUAAUCUGAUCCUAGAUCUGUGGUUAGGGGAAACUAAUGUACAGCAUGACAGACUCUUGUCAGCAAAAGACAUCAGACAUUUAAAAAAAUAAAAACUGGAAAUAGCACUACUGUUUAAAUUUGACUGCACUAAAAAAGCUUCAUUAUUCUGAAUGUAUGUAUAUAUAUGAGAAGUAGGACUAUUAUGGAGAAAUGUGGCUGAAUUGCUCGUUACCUCAAUGUUUUAGUAGUGACAGAAUGAUGGACCAAUUGUUUUACUUCCUGGUCUCCGGAUAGGCUAACAUUCUCCUUCAGUAGGAGGGAUGGUAACUGGAAAUAUGACUGCUAUAGAAAAACUACUGUACACCUGGCUAUGGUCUCUUUCAGUGUGUUAAGUCUAUGACCUGAGACUCAUCUUUUCCUCCUUUGUCGGGGUCAGUUUCUGUUGGCUGUGCGUGCAUCUCCACAUUGAGUCUCCUUUAGUUCAUGACAUCUGUCUGUCUGAGAUUUGACUGUUCUUUCCACGUGACCACAGUGCUGUACUUUUGGCUUCAAAGUUGCAGCUUUGAGAGUGAGUGUAGGUUUGUAUGUGUGCAUUAAAAAUAUCUUUAUGAAUAAAGUACACCUGUCAAAUGGA